AUGCGGGACUACGACGAGGUGACAGCCUUCCUGGGAGAGUGGGGACCCUUUCAACGCCUCAUCUUCUUCCUACUCAGCGCCAGCAUCAUUCCCAAUGGCUUCAAUAGCAUGUCCAUAGUGUUUCUGGCGGGGAUCCCCGAGCACCACUGCCGGGUGCCAGACUCAGCAAACCUGAGCAGUGAGUGGCGCAACCACAGUAUUCCAAUGCAAAUACAGAACGGCCAAGAGGUGCCCAGAAAGUGCCGGCGCUACCAGCUCGUGGCGUUGACCAAUUUCUCGGCCAUGGGGCUGGUGCCCGGGAGAGACGUGAAUUUGAGUCAGGUGGAGUUGGAGCCCUGUCUGGACGGCUGGGAGUACAGCCAGGACACGUACCUAUCCACCAUCAUCACUGAGUGGAAUAUAGUGUGUGAUGAAGACUGGAAACCACCACUAACGACCUCAUUAUUCUUCCUGGGUGUGUUGAUGGGAUCCUUCAUAUCAGGACAACUCUCAGACAGGUUCGGCAGGAAGAACAUCCUCUUUGCGACAAUGGCUGUGCAGACGGGCUUCAGUUUCCUACAGAUCUUCUCCAUCAACUGGGAGAUGUUCACUGUGCUGUUUGUCAUCGUGGGCAUGGGCCAGAUCUCCAACUAUGUAGUGGCCUUCAUACUAGGAACAGAGAUACUUGGCAAAUCAGUUCGUAUUAUAUUCUCUACAUUAGGAGUUUGCAUAUUUUUUGCAAUUGGCUACAUGUUGCUGCCACUGUUUGCUUACUUCAUCAGAGACUGGCGGAUGUUGCUACUGGCUCUGACGGUGCCGGGGGUGCUGUGUGUCCCGCUGUGGUGGGUUAUUCCUGAAUCCCCACGAUGGCUGUUAUCUCAAGGGAGAAUCGGAGAGGCAGAAGUUAUCAUACAAAAGGCUGCAAAAAUGAAUAAAGUGACAGCACCGGUCAUAGUAUUUGAUCCUUUGGAGCUUCAGGAGCUAACACCCCUGAAACAGGAAAAAGUAUUCAUCUUGGACCUAUUCAGAACUCGUCAUAUUGCCAUAAUCACCAUCAUGUCUUUGAUGCUGUGGAUGCUAGUAUCUGUAGGUUACUUUGGUCUUUCCCUCAACACUCCUAAUUUGCAUGGAGAUGUCUAUCUGAAUUGUUUCCUGUCUGCUGCCAUUGAAGUUCCGGCCUAUGUGAUAGCUUGGCUUCUGCUUCGAAAACUUCCCCGACGAUAUACUAUUGCCGGGACACUAUUCCUGGGCGGAGGGGUUCUCCUUUUCAUUCAACUGGUACCCAUUGAAUACCAUUUUCUGUCCAUUGCCCUAGUGAUGCUAGGAAAGUUUGGAAUCACCUCUGCAUUCUCAAUGCUGUAUGUCUUCACAGCUGAGCUCUAUCCAACCCUCGUCAGAAACAUGGCUGUGGGUGCCACUUCCAUGUCCUCCAGAGUGGGUAGUAUCAUUGCUCCUUACUUCGUUUAUCUUGGUGCUUAUGAUCAAAUCCUACCCUACAUUCUUAUGGGCAGCCUAACUGUGCUUAUCGGGAUUGUUACCCUGCUUUUCCCAGAAAGCUUUGGAAUGGCACUACCAGAAACCUUUGAACAAAUGCAGAAGAUAAAAGGUUUCAGAUCUAGGAAAAAAUCAAGGAACUCGACUGGGAGAGAGGAAAAUCCCAAGGUUCUCAUAACUGCAUUCUGACCAAGUUCUGUUGCAUUUGGAAAAGGAGAUCUCUGAGAUGGAGGAGAAGCCAGAGGAUAGCCUGCCAGAAAGAACUAAUUGAUGGAAAACAUAAAAAGGACACCAUUAUUAUUAUUACCUUUGCCAUUUCAUGAACUAAGGUUCUGUUAUUUCUGAAACCUUGUCUUCUCAUCCAUAAUCAAAAUAUGUUUCCAUAGAGUUCUCAACUGCAAUGACUUCCUUUAUGUCCACAAUGCUUUUUGAGGAUCUAACAGUCAAGAAGUGAAAUGCUCAGGAUGUCUCACUUAUUCUUAGACAUGCAAAUACCACCCACAUCAGAAAUGUUGUGUUGCAUAUUUCUAUCUCAGAAGGCAGCUUUUGGUACUGGAAGGUGUUUGUGUUUUGUUUUGUUUUGUUUUUUAAUUGGAAUAUACUUCCAAUGUAGUCAUUUCUGAAACAAAACUAUUUGGCAUUUCCUAUAAACCCUCAAUAUUUGAUAUGAAGUAAUGGAAGAGCCUUUUAUCCUAGCAUUCAAAGACAUCUGCUUCCUUUCAGACACUCCUCUUGAGAUGCUAAUGGCAAAAGAAAGGCAUUAUCAUCAUGGUACAUUGUAGAGGUGAAGAAGGCGCUAAAGUGGCCCACCUGAUAUUAGCCACAAUGGAGCUAGGGGGAUAGUCCUUGGGCCCAAUACCAGCCUCCUUAUAUAAUAUCAUGCAUCCUCAGAAAACUCCAAAUUUUUUAGUAUUUCCUUUGAAUAUGAGAGUUAUCUUGUAUUAAGCUUGUUUACAAAUCAGAUAUUUCUGUAGUAUGUCAAGAAAAGUUUCAAAUGAAAAGUGUAUCACCAGGUCAUCCCACUGGCAUGAACACUCGUUUGUUCAUGGCAGUAAUGUGGCCUGAGCAUAUUUUUCAAUGAAGUUGCUCAAAGCUUGAUAUGUUUUUGUUUUUAAUUUUUAUUAAAAAUAUCUCUUUUCCAGAAAUAGCUUCUCUAUUCCUGUGCACUACUGUCCAGGUGUUUCACUGUGACAGGCAUCAGUUUCCCAUUGGGUAAACUGAUCAAGUUUGCACUCCCAUUAAGACUUGGAGGUUUGCUUUUAAUGUAGGCUAGCCUACAUGCUAAACCAUCAGAGUGGAAAUGCCAUUGUGCUAUUCAGCCUUUACAUGGCACUGUCUCUGAGAGCUGCUGAAGACCAAAUCCUUGCUUAUCUUGUUAUCUAAGUAUUGUCUACACACACAUUCCUCUUUAAAAUAUAGUUUUUCUAAAGAAAAAUGCAUAAGUGCUUGAAGCAUCAUUGCUACAUGCUGACUCAUCUUACAAAUUGUGAUAGAGUAAACCACUAAUGGCCACUAGUUUAUUUUUUAAUAGGUCUUCUGUGGUACUGAAAAGAAUUUUCUUUGACAGAAAGUUCUCCAUGUAAUAAACCACUAGUGACCACUAGUUUGUUUGUUUGUUUUUUAAUAUGUCCUCAGUGGCUCUUGAAAAGAAUUAUCUUCAACAGAAAACUUUUCAAGUAUUUUUCCAAGGAACCUCUGAUAAAGCUUCUAGGCAAGCUCUUUUGAUCAUUUAAAGAUGUUUACCUCAAAAUCUUUUACCUUAAUAUCUAAUUAUUAAUCUCCUGAAGAGAGGAUUUGUCAGAGGGUACUACUGUUGUUCUUCUAAAUAUAUAUCUAUUUAUAUCUAUAAAGUAUUGACACAUUGGAUCUAUUGCACAUAUUAUAAAUGUAAUUUAAAAUAUAUUAAAGUGUUUUAGAAAUCUCAUACCCAUUACAGAGCAAAAAAAACAAAACUUGGGUGUGUAUUUUUCUUAAUGUUUAGUAUUAGCUGUUUUCACUAAUCAUUUUCAGAGUCUCAUAGAUUCUACAAGGAAAAAAAAACCAGCCUCCUCUGGGCUUUACAGCUUCUUUCAUUCAAUUCAAUAAACAUUUAUUAAACACAUUUUAUAGGGACGAAUUAAAUGUAUGAUAACUGUCAAGGAGGAAAGGAUGUAUUCAGUAACAUCCUAUGCUACUGUUUCAUUUAUGAAGUGAGUUUUUUUAAUUAAUGUUUGCUUCCAGUCAAAAAUGUAAACUGGAACAAUCUCUGAGAAGUAUUUUUGGAGAGGUCAUAAUGCAUUCCCCUAGCCAACAAUGAAUUUAAACUGUGUCCAUGAUUUGAGGAUGGCACAAUAUAUAGAAUGUAUAAGUGCCUUAAACGUCCCUGAUUCUUCAAAGAUCAUAAAUGUUAGAGCUAGAGAGGAUUUAGAAAACACCUAGUCCCGUCCCUUCAUUUUACUUGUGAAGAUACUGAUUCAAAGAAUUGUGAUUUGCCCAUUGCUACACAGCUCAAGACUGGCAGAGGCAUUAGAGCUUAUCUCAUCCAACCUCUCCCUAUUCUACAGAUGAGGAAACUGAUGUCUAGAGCUACUGCCCUAGGACUAUAGAGCUAGUAAGUGUCUAAAAUGGGAUUAACCCUAAACAGUAUCGACAACAAUGCACUGCUGGCUCAACUGGGAUUCAAAUUGGGCCUUUUGAUUCCCAAUGCACUGGAACCCAAAGAGAUAUCACUAAGAAAUAACUUAAUUUCCUCCUAACCCUCCUUUACUUUCUUUGGUAACAUCUAUUGCUUUGUAUUUAAACAUUUGCAAUUGCAGAUUUAGCAAAAUGUUUCUAUCCCUGUUUCUCUUGCCUGAUGCUUUAGAGUCAAAUAGCAUGUUAUUUAAACCUUUACUGCUAUUUCCCCUAUGUAGAGGCACAAGUGACUUCCUAUGAACAACCCUUCCCACCCAGUCUCUGUAAAUACAAGUCCCAGUUAAAUGUUUGUAUAUUAGUAGACCAAAGGGUUCCAAUAAUGUCCUCCGAAGAUUAAAUUAGUCCUAUGGGGAAUUUUAGAAGCCUCAAUUUAAAGGGAGUCAUAACAAAUCCAAAGUAUUGUAUUCCUUUUUUAUUUCCUGUAUACUUCCAAUUUGAUCUCAUCCUAAAAUAUCAAUGACAAAGUAUCAGUGACAAGGCAAAUUAUUUAUUUAGUUAUUAUUAGUUAGCCUUAUAAUCAAGAAAGCAUCCUUUUCAUCUGGGUUUUUAGAAUAUAAACAUUUUCCCCUCCUUAAAUGAAAAUUGUGUAUUUUACUUCUGUGGUCAUUUUUAGUCAAUUUCAAAGUUCUUCAUAUUAUAAUUAAUGUCUUUAAAGAAAUUAUAAUUUAGGUAACUGUCCAAAAGAAAUCUGCUAUAGAGAUGUUCAUUAAAAUGAUGUUCUGAAAGUACUUGAGGCCAUGAUGUUUCUUCCUCAGGAAGUCACAAUCUCUGAAAAGAUUUAUGAUAUCAAGAAUUCAAACCCCAGGCAUAACAGGUACAUGAGAAUGCAGCUUGAGACUGAUCCAGAAGAAGCUGUAACCUCCCUGCUUCUAGUACCAGGUAGUGGCUUUUUUUUUUCUUUUUUAAAUGCUCAACUUUUUUUUUUUAAACACUUACCUUCCAUCUUGGAAUCAAUAUUGUGUAUUGGUUCCAAGGAGUGAUAAGGGCUAGGCAAUGGAGGUCAAGUGACUUGCCCAGGUUCAUGCAGCCAGGAAGUGUCUGAGGCCAAAUUUGAACCUAGGCCUUCCCAUCUCUAGGCCUGGCUCUCAAUCCGUUGAUCUACUCAGCUGUCCCCUAAACCCUAGACUUCUGUUGGAUUUAUACUAAGUAUCAGUUCGAAGGCAGAAGAGUGGUAAAGGCUAGGCAAUUAGGAUUAAGUGAUUUGCCCAGGAUCACACAGCUAGAAAGUAUCUGAGGUCACAUUUGAACCCAGGCCCUCCCAUCUGCAAACCAAGUUCUUUAUCGACUUAGUCAACUAACCACCCCUCAUGGCUUUUCUUAAUUGCUUCCAUCUUCAGAAAACUACUUCCAUGUUCAUGGUUCUUCCUAGCAAUUUCUGCUUGAUAUUUUUUUUUUCCUCUGGAGAUGUGCCUUGAUUCCACUAUAUUAUGGAAAAGUGAACCAUAUUCCUAUCAACUUAUGUAUGUUUCUCUCUCUCUUCCCCAACUAUUGUGUCCUUGCCUUUAGACCAUUUAAUAUGUUCUGGCAAUUUUCUCCUCCAUGACUAGAAUGCUCCUUCCUCCACUCAACUACUACCCUCACUGGUUCCAUUUAAGUCCCACUUAAAAACCCACUUUCAACAGGAAGCCUUCCCUAACCCCUCUUAAAUCCAGUGCUUUCUCUCUUAAUUAUUGCCUAUUUAUCCUGUAUAUAGCUUGCUUUGUGUAUAUUUGUUUGCAUGUUAUCUCUCUAAUUAGACUGUAAGCUCCUUGAGGACAAGUACUGUUUUUUGCCUCUUUUUUUUUCUCCAAGGCUUAGCACAGUGCCUGGCACUGUAAGUGCUUAAUAAAUGUUUAUUGAUUGAUUGACUGAUCACGUGUGAGCACAUCAUUACAAGUGAUAGGUAUAAGGUAACACUGAUGAAAAAUAGAAGAGAAUCUGACCAGAAAUCAAGAUAAUUGUAAUCAAUCACAUAAGCAUUGAUGUGACAGUAUGAGAGCCCAAGUUGGACUAGGACCUCUGUUACUAGUUGAUGUUCUUCUGUUUGAUAGUGCCUCCCCCCUCCCCCCCCCCAAAAGUUUAGGGACUUAAUCUUUGUUAAUGAUGUAUUACACUAACUAGAAAGAUGCUCUGCAAUGAUGCCUUCAUAAUGUCUUUCCCUAAGGGAAUUAAAAGGAGUACCCUUGCUGAAACAAACAAACAAACAAAAAGACAUUAGCCAUCAUUAGCCAAACUUUAAAUAGCAAACCUUAAAAAUUGAUUUCAUUCAAGAAAUAGAGGCUUUGUGAAGAUUCUGAAAUGAAGAGGGCAGAGAAAUCUCUUCUCUCCACUCUCCGUUGUUGAUACUAGCCCAACUGGAAGUACCCCAUCCAGCAAGUCUAAUAGUUCUUUGUUUGGAGAGAGUUCAAGCCCAAUAAAUAGAGCAGGGAAAAAAAACAUUCAGAAAAAGUCACUCUAGAGAAGAAGCAGCUUUGGGAAUUAUAGUAGUCAACUAUGGGACUGUCCUCUGGGAUCAACUACUGAAUAUGAGAGAAAAUUGGGACAGUAACCCAGAGGGAGUAUAACUCAGAAAUCAAUGGCUCAUUUCUCUACCUUGGUCUAGCCUCUAGUUCAGAGAAAUACACUCUUAUUUAACACUAUGAUAUUCAAAUAGUUGCCCUGAAAAAUCUCAAUUUUCUACAGAAUUUGGAGUGUUGAAUACUUAGGGGGCCAAAAUAUGUUCCCCCAUACAUUUUAACUACACCCCUGGUCCAAUUUUCCUAUUUAAGAUAGUUUUCUAAGCGGUAACACUCGCCAACAUCGCCAUAAGGAAGUAUGUGUCCUUCUUACAAGCUAAAACACCACAUUCAGCUUUUCUUGCGUCUGGAAGCCAUUUUCUAAAGCGAGGUUUCUUAAGCUUUAUUUUAUGUCAUGGACCCCUUUGGCAAUCUUGACCCCUUCUCAUACUAACAUUUUUAAGUGCACAAAACACAGAGGACUAUAAAGGAAGUCAAUUAUACUGACAUGACAGUUAUAAAAAAAUAUUUUAAAUGUUCACUGACGGGUUAAGAACCCCUACUUUAUAGUCAUGUAGCCCCAAUUUUAGAAAACCAAGGUGCAUUAAGAGAAUAACUCCAUUUGUUCAAUUUCAAAUUAUUUCCAUGAAAAUUUUAAACCAUCUCUUUUAAAACAAUAUUUUAUUGGUGCUUUUUUUUUUUUAAACACCACUGGUACUUCCUGAUAAAUUACCAUCACCACCCUCCCUUAUUCAAAGAGCAGUUAAAUUCUCACAGAGACCACAUCUAAAGUCAAGACUGGUCAUUGCAUUUAAUCUGAGUUCUAAUAUCUUGUGUUGUUUUCAUUUAUUUUAUUUUAACUAUUGCACAUGUGUGUAUGUAUAAUCUUUAUUUUGCUUUUUGCUCUGCAUUAUUUCAUAUAAUUUUACCAUGUACAUUAUAAUUUCUCAUUUUUUAUCAUGUCUUACGGAAUAAUAAUCCAUUAGAUUAACUCAUCAUUUUUUCAGCAGUGUUCCAAAAGAUGUCAAUUAAUUUGUUUCCAAAGACCGCUAAUAAGAAUAUUUUGUAGAAUAUAGGAAACCUUUCUGCCACUGACCUGCUUGAGGAAUAUGUCCAGUGGUGGAAUUGCAAGAUUAAAAAACUAUGUUUGGGCUGUAUAGUAAUUUAUGAUUCCAAACUGUUUUUCAGAAGCCUUGGAACAGUUGACAAUACAAUAGUGUGUUCAUAUACCUAUCAACAACUUUCCUACAGCCUUCUGCCUUUUAACAUGUUUGGAAAUUUACUGGUUAUGAAAUUAAACUUCAGAGCGGUUCCAUUUGAAAUAUUUUAUAUGGUUCCUUGCCUCCUGAAUUUAUUUUUUUGGCAAAUUGUUCACAAUCUUUAAAAACAUAUAUUAGGAAAUGAUUCUUGGUCUAUAUUUGUGUAUAUUUCCUAUAGAGUUUGGCUUUCAGAUUUUUAUUAAAAAUAUCUGAUACAAAAUUUUUCUUCUCACUCAAAAAUUUCUCUUUGUAUGCUAGUUGUACUGAUGCUAGUUGGGCAGGCGAGUUAGGUUUAUGUCACCAAAAUUUUUUUUUGCCUUUUGCAAUCAUAUUUAUCUCUUGUUUAGAUAUGAGUUCUCCCCUUAAUCAAAGAUCUUAAAACUGUCUACUAUUUAUCUUUAUUUUUAUGAUAUGGUAUUUUAUAUUUAGGUUGCUUAUCCAUUUGGAGCUUAUUGUUAUAUAUGGUACAAAUACUGAUCUAAACCUAAUUUUUCUUACACUCUUCCAGUCAUCUCAACAGUUUUAUGGGUUUGUCAAACACCAAGCUACUGUGCUUAUUUGCUUAUGGGACUUAUUUAUCUCUCCUCUUCCAUUAAUCUACUUUUCUGUUUUUUAAACCAGUAGCAAAUUGCUUUGAUGAUGAAUGUUUUGUAAUAUAUUCUGUGAUCUGGUGA